GGCCAAACCCUCCCACAGUGGGCUGUUUUCUUUCUCUUUUUGCUGCUGCGCUCUGGGCUGGCUCCUAUUCAAAUGUGGGUCAGGGGUGAGGAAGCCUAACGUCAUAAGCUUUGCAACAUGGCGUCCCGAAGGCUGUGAGAUGAGCAGGAUGGUAGAGAACGCCUGAGAACGACCCUACCGAUGUGAUAAGCUUUAGGUGGUGCUCGUUGUGGAAGAGAGAGAGAAGAAGGGAGGAAAUGGAACUGCCAAAUCAUGCCAAACAACUGUUGCUGCAACUCAACCAACAGAGAGCCAAAGGCUUCCUGUGUGAUGUUAUCAUCGUGGUGGAGAAUGCACUUUUCCGUGCUCACAAGAACAUCCUGGCAGCGAGCAGCAUUUACUUCAAGUCUUUGGUCCUCCACGAUAACCUAAUUAACCUUGACACAGAGAUGGUCAACCCCUCUGUGUUUAGACAAGUUCUGGAUUUUAUUUAUACUGGAAAGCUCCUGUCCUCUUCAGACCAGAGCAACGAGCAGAACUUCAGUGCCCUCUUGACUGCAGCUAGCUACCUCCAGCUCCAUGACCUUGCCGCUCUGUGCAGAAAGAAGCUCAAGCGCAGUAGUGGGAAGCCCCAACCAGGAAAACCCUCCACGCUAGGUCCUCUUAGCCGCCUACGCCUCAACAACCAGCGCCUUUCCUCUUCUACCCCUGCUGGUCCCAACAACCACUAUCCUCCAACCCCUUCCGAUGCCGACCAACCACAACCAGAUGAAGGCCUUCGGGACAAGCUCUCAGAUGAUGAGAUAUUUGUCGGCAGCACUGGCAAGACAGGGAAUGGGGGAAAUGGAAGCAGUAAUGGUAAUCUUAGCAGUGGAGCAAGCGCUGGAGAGCCAGAUCUUGGACUUGAUCUGUCCAAGAAGAGUCCUCACUCUGCAGGCACAGCCACUGAUGCCCUCAGCCCGCACAGCAACUCCCAGGAGUCCCCUCAAUCUGCCUCAGUAUCCACAACCAACAGUGCCUCGUUGGAUGACUCCUCAACCACCCUACCAGGUGUAGACACUUGCAUCUCGGAGACCAUGGAACUCAACACCCCUUCUAAAACCUCAGAGGAAUCCCAAAACCAAACUGAUGGUCCUCCACCACAGAAAAAAACCCGUCAGGCUGCUCGAAAGAAUGAAUGGCCAAAGAGAGAGGCAUCAGGGUUAAAGUCAGAGGAACACGACCGGCCCCUCGUUAACGGUGUGAUUGUGGUUCCUAAAGAUGGCCGCUCCUCUGGAAUCUGUGGAGGAAGUGGUAGCUGCUUUGCGUCUGACCAGUCCUUCCAGUGUAAAGAUGAGGAUGAAGGAGGAGAAAAUGGCCAAGACCACAGUGAUGAAAGUGGUCAAAGUGAUGGAGAGAGUGCAGGAGGUGGAGGAGGAUCAGGAGGACACCACAGCGUCAACUAUGUGUACCGGCAGGAAGGUUUUGAGCCAGCAUUUGGGGACAACCUCUAUGUGUGCAUUCCCUGUGGUAAGGGCUUCCCCAGUUCUGAGCAGCUCAAUGCUCAUGUGGAGACGCACACUGAGGAUGAGCUUUACAUCAAAGAGGAGGGCGGGACCUUCGUAAAAGAGGAAGACGAGGAGGAGGCUGAGGACCUUUCUGCCCCUGUAGGUCCCUCCAGCUUUGGCUCUGAAACACGUCCAUUCAAGUGUACUGUCUGCAGUAAGAGCUACAAAGACCCUGCAACGCUGAGACAACAUGAAAAGAGUCACUGGCUGACCAGGCCCUUCCCCUGCAACAUCUGCGGCAAAAUGUUCACCCAGAGGGGAACCAUGACGCGCCACAUGCGCAGCCACCUAGGCCUCAAGCCUUUUGCAUGUGAAGAGUGCGGCAUGCGCUUCACACGUCAAUACCGCCUGACAGAGCACAUGCGUGUUCACUCUGGGGAGAAGCCGUACGAAUGCCAGCUAUGUGGUGGGAAGUUUACCCAGCAACGCAACCUCAUCAGUCACCUGAGAAUGCACACCUCGCCCUCUUAGAAAUGCAUCAAGCCAAAGAACUACGGGAAUAAGAAAAAAAGAACAUUUCUCUACGUUUUUUUUUCUCCAUCUCAGAAGCAAAGAAAUGCACACAUUCACAUGAAACCACACAUAGUUCUACUUAUUAAGUCCAGUUUACGAUGCCCUGGAUGAGUGAAUGAUGUUGCUGCUCUCCAUGGUGGUCUCUUUAUUGACGGUGGGAUCUUGUUGGUGCCAGGAUCAGGUCAUCGUUUUUAUCGAGUGACGUGUGCUCAUCUCUCAGGAGUUUUCGAGGGACAAUUUACUCGUGUGUGUCUCUCUCCAAAGUCACGAAGCCAUGAUGCAGUGGCAUGACAUCUUGUUUGUUGAAUGUGAAUAUGGGUACUGAUAUAAUUUCAAGACCCCUCCCUCCCUCCCUCACCUCACACCCCCUCAGCCUUCCUCUCUUCACUCGAAGUGUUUGAGUUUUUCAGAUUUUUCCGUAAACAGAUCAACUCUAAAGUCCCAUCUGUACUCCAGAGCUAUUUUGACCAAAAAUCAGUGCAAACAAUACUGGCAAUAAUUCAGCAAAAAAUAAUAUUAUUUUUACCCUGACAGCUUUAUAUUGUUUGUAAUGUUGGUGAAAGUAUAUGUAUGAAAAAGGAGGGGUAACUGGGUUUGGGACCAUUUCCAUGCUUUAUCUGAAAGUCCAGGAAGACGCAAGGUUAAUGUCGGGUCGGAUGCGUUUGUUUUGACCAGAAUAUUCGGCGUCCUCUCUGUGGCUGUUUGCUGAUGUAUAGAAGAGUCGUCGUCGUUUUAUAAAUUUGCCUGCUAGUGCGCCAAGGAGUGAAUCCUUGCUGGAAAGUUGAACCACUUGUGGUACUUCUUCAACCUAAAGAGCUUGUCAUGUUUCAGUGAAUGUUUAAACUGGAAGGUCCUUUCUUUUUUUUUGUUUGUUUGUUCUUGU